CCGAGCUCAGUCCAGUCGAGUUCACGCUACGAGCUACACACAUACACGCAAAAAAGAGCUUGCUUGGAUUUAAACAAACUGGUUUCGGUUGAACGCCUUUCUCGCUGUGUUUUAAGUGACUUUGAGUGAUUGUGAGAAAUGGAGGAGACCACGAGUCCUACCAAGACGGACAUCAAGGCGAAGAUUUCGUUCAGUGUUGAGUCCCUGUUGAGCAGAAAGCCUUACGGUGAGGAGGAAAGGGUUGAGAGUGAGGAAGAGUCCAGGUUGGACGAGUCAAGUGAAGUUCACGAUGAGGAUGAUGAGGAGAAUAUCACUGUGGAUGAUGAGGAUACUGAUGGAAGGGAUAGUUUGAGUCCUAACUCUCCUCAUACUGUGCUUAUACCUCAGCCUUUGCAUCCUUCGUUACCUAGGAUUUUGUCGGGUGGUGGACAUCCACAGUGGCCUUUCAGUUGGGUGGGACAUGCAGGGAUGUUGAGGUCUUCGUCGCCGCAAACUGGUCUACCGAACAUGUCGCAGAAUGGCGUAGGUCCCCCGAUAGUCAGAUGCGCGUUGCGCAAACACAAGCCGAACAGGAAACCAAGGACGCCCUUCACCACGCAGCAAUUGCUGGCCCUAGAGAAGAAGUUCAGGGACAAACAGUACCUCAGCAUUGCCGAAAGGGCGGAAUUUUCGAGCUCCUUAAGGCUGACAGAAACACAGGUCAAAAUCUGGUUUCAAAACAGACGAGCCAAAGCCAAGCGGUUGCAGGAAGCCGAGAUGGAAAAAAUCAGGUUGUCAGCAAGGCCGCUCCUUCCCCCAAGCUUCGGGAUCUUCCCUGGUGGAAACCCACCCUUAGUUUCACCCUUCUUGGCCGCCAUGGCACACAGACCUCAACACUUCGGUUUUCCCGGAAUGGGUGGUCCCAUCCUCAACAUCCCGCAAUGACCAAAGCAAGAGCUAGCAUUCGAGCAGUAACUCUUCGUAUUUAUUUGAACCUUGCAAUAUAACGGUGCAAGAUGCAACAGCCAUGAGGAGAUCAGAAGGGUUGGGUUUUGCACCGUCCAAAACGUUUAGUUUUGCAGUGCAAUUUUGCCUCAUAUUGAGAUGUAUUUUUGUAUACCUAAGACUGACUACUAUCUUAUUUAUAGUAGAUACUCGAUGUAAAUGUGUAAUUAUUGGCCUGUACAAAGUUAUUGAUAUUAUGAUUUGUUGUAUGAUAUUGUACAUAGUGAAGAUUAUAUUAUUAUUAAAUGUUUUGUUUCUAAA